AUGUAUCACUCUUUCCUCUUCACUAUUCAUAUAUCCCAGCCCGGUCUGUUGGCCUAUGCAGUGCACUGCCAGACUGACUCCCAGGGUCGACCUCUGGCUGGAGUGGUGGUCAUCUGUAGGGACAGACUGACUGGGGAGGGAUACAGCCACCAAGGCACUGUGCAGACAGUGAUCCACGAGUUGUUCCAUGCAUUGGGUUUCUCCAAAGAACUCUUCAGCACCUGGAGAGACUGCUCCUACUCACAACUUAUACUCGGUUGUGUUGUGUGGUUAUGUGAUUCUGUGUUAUUGUGUUGUGAAGCUGGGAUGGGCUGCUCCCCCCGGGUUCAGGUGACUAACACAGAUGAGACGGGUCAGGUCAGGAUCUACACCCAAUCAGUGAUCAGAGCCCUGCAGGACCACCUGUUAUCUACUGACCCUGAGCUGGGAGGACCACUGGAGAACCUGGAUGUAGGUUAUAGGGGUCUGUCCUCUCACUGGGAGUCCAGGGUGCUACAGGGUUCCAUCAUGGCUGCAGCCCUGGGGGAUCCAGCUGUGGUGCGUGUCGACCCGGUCACCCUGGCCGCCCUACAGGACACGGGCUGGUACUCUGUCAACCACAGCCGAGCACAGAGCCUGGUGUGGGGAAAGGGUGAGGGAGCAAUGUUUGGAUCACUGUCCACCUGCCAUGACAACUCCUCCUCAUUUUUCUGCACGGGCAGUGGUUUAGGGUGUCAUUAUCUUCACCGCCACAAGGGGGAGUGCCAGACUGACCCUCACCUGGAUGGGUGCCGCAUUUACAAACCUCUAAUGAGUGCGUGCUGGAAAGAGGAGAACGAGAGAGAGACUGAAACAGAGUGGAGUGGAGAGUUGUACCGUAUAGACAGCCGAUGCUUCUUCUCUAACCUGAGCAGAGAGAAUGUCUCCCUGUCUGUCAGUGACUCUGUGGUGGGGCGUUGUUAUAGACACAGGUGUACUGGGCUGAACCGGUAUCAGAUACAGGUGUCUGGCUCUGACUGGUUGGACUGCCCAGUAGGAAGCACCAUUGAGGUGACAGGAUACAGGGGGUUAGUUGCAUGUCCUGACAAGAGGUUGUGUUAUUACCCUGACAUUGGUCUCUCCAUCGACAACCAGGACCCCCACUCUCCAGCUGACUCUACUAAAGGCACAGUGACUACUGAGAACGAUCCCCUGUUACAUCAGAACACAAUCCCUGACCCGAGCCUGACCUUUGACCCUGACCCUACUUGUGCAGAACCAGGGGUCAGUACAGACCCCACGUUGGCUCCAGUCCUGGGGGUCAGUGCUUCUGUCUGUCUCCUGGCUGCCCUGAUGGUGGCCCACAGGAGGUACCGCUCCUCCAGAGUCAGGGUUAAUGCUGCCCCUGAGGCCCCCAGUGUUCUGCAGUUGCACUCGACCCAAAGUGAUUCAAAUAACUGCUGAUGGAAACUGGGUGUCCAUUAUUGCACAGUCUUGUACACUGGUGUAAAUGGUUACUUAAUCAAGUAGGUGGUGUUUGUACAUUAUUUAUCAGAGGGGGAAAUCGACUAAGUGUUGAACUGUACAAAUGAAAAAAGUACACUAAAGCAAUGAGCAAUGCUGAGGUGUUCUAAUUGUCCCCUUAAUUUGAUGUUCAACAUGUAUUUAGCUUUAACACUAUGUUAACUUGUAAUAACAAUGAAUUAUGUGAGCGAUUUCUGUGUCUUAUCCCUGUGGUAUACAUUUUACUCAUACAAUUUGACAUAUAAAAUGUAAA